UCAUUGUACUCUAUCUACUUUGUCUUUCCAGUUGGGUUAUCCUACUGUAAGGAUUGAUCUUGUGUACAUAGAAAUUUGAGAUCUCAAAUUUGGGUUCAAACAUUUUAUGUUACAUUAUUUGCAAAUUUCCAGAAUUUCACUUGGUAACCAAGUCUUAGUUAUGGAUAAUUCCCAAGUAGAUGUAGUUGUGGAGAACGGGAAAGAGAAAGCGGCAAGAAAUACAGAUUCGAGUAAGAGAUGGCCGACGAUGAAGGAGAUUACAGAUCCUAAGGGGCCGUUCUUUCCCAAGUGGAGAAUGAUAUUUAUAGUGUCAUGUCUGUUUGCUGUACUAUUGGAUCCUUUGUUCCUCUACAUUCCUAUGAUCAAUGAUGAUGCCAAGUGCAUGAGUUUGGAUAGAAACUUGAAGAUAGCAGCUCCUGUCUUCCGAAUGGUCACAGAUGUCUUUUACAUACUGAAUAUUAUUCUUCAAGUUUAUAAAUCCAAGAAAUGGUUAGCUUUCAUCAAUGCAUUUCGGUCAGGAAGUUGCUCAUCUGUAUUAUCGAACUUGAGGAGUAUCUCACCAAGCAUAGCUAAGACGAUGUGGAAGUCAUACAUACUAAUCGAUGUUUUCGCUGUUCUUCCCCUUCCACAGGUAGUAAUUCUCAUCUUCUUUUCAAAAAUGAGGGGCGUGAGAUCUUUGAAUACAAGGAAGCUUCUGAGCUUUCUUGUUCUGGUGCAAUAUGUUCCACGGGUCCUUCGCAUCUACCUAUCGUGCAAGGAACCUAAAAAGUCUUCCAAAGAAGAGAUUGCAACAUGGGUCAAAGGUGUACUCAACUUCUUUAUGUACAUCCUUGCCAGUCAUGUACUUGGAGCCUGUUGGUACUUUUUUGCUGUUGAAAGACUCACAAAUUGUUGGCAACAUGCCUGUCAAAAUGAAAAUAGAUGUGUUCCUAGUACUUUUGACUGUCACGAUCACAAUUCAUUGAGAAAUACUACAUCACUGAAUGACUUAUGCCCAGUAGAUCCACCAAAUGCAAAGCUGUUUGAUUUUGGUAUCUUUCUUGAUAUCCUUCAGUCUGGCAUACUGGGUUCAACAGAUUAUCCAAAAAAGUUGUCGAACUGUUUCUGGUGGGGCCUGCGAAAUCUUAGUUCUCUUGGUUCAAAUCUCCAGACCAGUACCAAUACAUGGGAAAACCUCUUUGCGACUCUAAUUUCUAUUAUCGGCUUGCUACUUUUUCUAUAUCUUAUUGGAAAUUUGCAGAUGUAUAUGCAGACGGAUGCUGCAAUAUUAGAGUCGAACAGACACAAGAGGAAAGUCAAAAGGGCUGUGGAAAAGAAAGGUCGAGAGUUAGACUUGUGGUUAUUGAAAAAUGGCAUCCCUAGUAGAAGAAAAAAUGAGAUGAUGGAAAGGGUACAGCAAGAGCUUGCCGAAAGGAGAAAUGUUGAUGUGGAAAACAUUCUCUCUAUUCUUCCCGAGGAACUUCAGAGCUAUAUCAAAAAUUUGUUGCCAUUGGCUCGGCUAAAGAAAGUACCACUGCUUCAAACUAUGGAUGAAGAAGUAUUGAAAGAAAUCAGUGAGUAUCUUGAACCCAAAAAAUUUGAGAUUACUGGGCGGGAAUAUCUUUCUAGAGAUGGGGAACCACUAGAAAAGAUGAUAUUCAUAGUUGAGGGAGAUCUUGGCGUUGAAAGAAGAAAUGUUGCCGGUCGUGACCUUUUAUACCCGGGAGACUUCUAUGGAGCAGAACUUCUGGAGUGGGUAUCAGUAUCAAAUACCUCUUUUCCCGCCACAUUACCCCUAUCCAUAGAUUCUUCUUAUGUCACCAACAAUGAUAGUGUUCUUUUUCUCAAGGCUGACGACUUGAAGAGUGUAGUAUCUAAAUUCAGGUCGCGUUUUAGCAAGGAGAUCACACUUCCAUCCAAUUUUCAACCGGAAGUUCUGACUUCUUUCCAGCUGACUAGGCUCAAGACAGUGCCAAUGUUUCAAGCUACGGACGAAGCCCUGUUAAAAGCAAUCACUGAGCGUCUGAAGCCAGUGACCUACACUGAUGGGAUGUAUAUAAUCAAAAAGGAUGAACCACUUCAGUUGAUGUUCUUCGUCCUAGCCGGAUAUGUAGUCACCGAAAGUUAUCCUCAUUUUGUUGUUCGUAUAGGAGAAUUUUGUGGACAAGAACUUCUAGAUUGGCCAUCCACUACCUCAUUUCCUAUGGAAUUUCCCACAGCACUCGAGUCUGCUAGGGCCAAUGGUGAUGUUAGAGUCCUUGCUCUGAUGUUGGGACUGGGUGAGUGUAGUCAAUAGAUUUGAGUUUGGCAAAUACAAGAGGAGAAUUAAGCUGGCGGUGGAAAAGAAGAGUAAAGAGUUAGACUUGUGGUUAUUUAAAUCUGGUAUCCCUAGUAGAAGAAAAAAUGAGAUAAUGGAAAGGGUACGGCAAGAACUUGAAGAAUAUAGGGAUGUUGAUGUCGAGAAUGUCCUCCCUAUCCUUCCUGUGGAACUUCAAAGUUAUAUCAAAAGUUGUUUGCCAAUUACUCGGUUAAAGAAAGUGCCAAUGCUUAGAAGUGUCGAUGAAGAAGUGUUGAGAGCAAUAUGUGAACAUAUGAAACCCAUCAAGUAUACAAAUAUUCGUGGGAGGGUAUAUCAUUCUCGCGAUGGGGAACCACUUGAAAAGAUGAUAUUCAUUGUUGAGGGGGAUCUAGGUGUUGAAAGAAGAAACUCUGCUACUCGGGAUCUUCUAUAUGAAGGAGACUUCUAUGGAGAGGAACUUGUACAUUGGGUAUCAGUAUCACAUACAUCUUUUCCUGCCAGAUUACCCUUAUCAGUCGAUUCUGCUUAUGUCACCAACAAUGAUAGCAUCCUUAUUCUCAUGGCUGACGACUUGAAGAGUGUAGUAUCCAAGUUCAGGUUGCACUUCAGCAAGGAGAUAACCCUUCGACCUGACGAGCCAGAGCUUCUGAGAUCUGUUCAGUUGACUAUGCUAAAGAAAGUGCCUCGGUUUCAAACUAUGGACGAAGAAAUGUUGAAAGCAAUCUGUGCGCAUCUGAAGCCUAUAACCUAUACUGAUGGGACGUAUAUCAUCAAAAAGGAUGAACCACUCCGACUGAUGUUCUUUGUCCUAGCCGGAUAUGUAGUCACCGAAAGUUAUCCUCACGCUGUUGUUCGUGUAGGAGAAUUCUGUGGACAAGAACUUCUUGAAUGGGCAUCAACUAUCUCCUUUCCUGCCAAAUUACCCACAGCACUCGAGUCUGCUAGGGCCAAUGGUGAUGUUAGAGUCCUUGCCCUCACGUUUGACGAUUGGUUUAGUGUAGGCCAUAAAUUUUCAUCUAGCAGUUAAGGGAAGAGAGUGUGGCUGUUAAAACCUUUCUCGAUCAUUACUUCCGAUGUUCCGAUGAUACAUAAUAGCUAGUCUUUGUCAAAUGUGUUGUAUAUUAUUAGGGUAAAAAUCAGAAAUAUAGUACAUAAAUUACGUAGUUACGUACUAUACCUCUAUUUUAUUGAUGGUACCUGAAUUUUAUUUUUUGUCACAA